AUGUCGAGUUCCGGUGGAGACAUUGGCAGUGCCAAAGAGGGCUCCUCCAAUUCCCUCUCCAGUUUGGUAUCCACCCUGGUACCGACUGCCAUUCUCGCCUUCGCCUUCGUGGCCGCCUUCUUCAUCGCGCGCAAGUACUUCCGCCGCGUCUAUGCGCCCAGGACCUACCUCAACCAUCUGGGCCAGCAGCGACAGACCCCCGCGCCGAGCCCAGGCUUCUUUGGAUGGAUAAAGGACUUCAAGAACCUCAAGGACGAGUACAUCCUGGACCACCAGUCCAUUGACGGCUACCUGUUUGUGCGCUUCUUCAAGGUUCUCAUCAUCACCUGCUUCCUAGGAUGUCUCGUCACAUGGCCUGUCUUGUUCCCCGUCAAUGCCACUGGAGGCGCAGGCCAAGAACAGCUCGACCUGCUCUCCAUGAGCAAUGUCGACCCCGCAGGCACCAACGUCAACCGCUACUAUGCGCACGCCGGAAUCUCCUUCAUCUUUCUUUCAAUGGUCAUGGCCAUCAUUGCCCGCGAGUCUUUCUAUGUUGUCAACCUCCGCCAAGCAUACCGCCGUUCACCAUGGGGAGCCAGCCGCUUGUCCUCGCGUACCAUUCUGUUCACAAAUGUCCCUACCACCAUGUCCCAGUCGGCUCUCUUCGAAAUGUUCCCUGGCGUCAAGCACGCCUGGGUUGCGUCCAACACCAAGGAGUUGGAUGACUUGGUCGAGGACCGCGACAAGACUGCCAUGAAGCUGGAGGAGGGCGAGAUCCAGUUGUCCCGCGAUGCCAACACAAACCGAAUGAAGGCCGAGAAGGGCAAAAAGCACUUCGUUGCGAGCGACGUAUCUGACGGCACCAAGUGGAUUGACCCCAAGAAGCGACCAACACACAAGCUGAAAUUCUUGAUUGGCAAGAAGGUUGACACCAUUGAGUACGGGCGUUCGCACCUGGCUGAGCUCCUUCCCAAGAUUCAACAAGAGCAGGACAAGCACUGGAAUGGCCAAGGCGACUUGGUUGGAGCUGUCUUCCUCGAGUUCGACACCCAAAAGCACGCGCAAGACGCCUGGCAGAUGAUGCAGAGCAGCAAGACUAGGCCUGACAAGAAGCUCAAGGCGCGCCAGCUUGGUGUCAUGCCUCAAGAAGUUGCCUGGGGUAAUCUGCGCAUCAAGCCCAUGGAGCACCUCGUUCGUUGGGCACUAGCUACUGGCUUCAUCUCCGUCAUGAUCAUCUUCUUCGCGGUUCCUGUUGCCUUUGUCGGUCUGAUCUCCAACAUCAACUACCUCGCUGAUCGCUUCACCUGGCUCGAAUGGAUCCUGGACAUUCCCAAGGUGAUUCUGGGUGUAGUCACUGGUCUCCUUCCCGCUGUCAUGCUUGCCGUUCUCAUGGCUCUUGUGCCUAUCGUUUGUCGUCUGAUGGCCAAGUUGGCCGGAUACGUUACAUACAGUCAGAUCGAGCUCAAGUGCCAGAGCUGGUACUUUGCCUUCCAGGUUGUGCAAGUCUUCCUUGUAGCAACUCUCUCUAGUGCCAUCACGUCCGUCAUCAACCAGGUCCUCGACAACCCGAGCAUUGUACUCAACCUUCUCGCUACCAACUUGCCCAAGGCCUCCAACUUCUACAUUAGCUACUUCAUCCUGUUGGGUCUCUCGUCGGCUGCCGGAACUCUGCUGAACAUCGGUGGCUUUGUUGUAGUAGUACUCCUCGGCCGCAUCCUCCCCGGCAAGACACCUCGCAAGAUCUUCGAAAAGCUUACCAAGCUCUCUGCUCCUUCAUGGGGAUCCGAGUACCCCAAGUGGGUGAACUUAGCUGUCAUUGGUAUCACCUACUCUGGCAUCGCACCUCUUAUCCUCGGUUUCGCCACGGUCGGUUUCACCCUCAUCUACAUUGCUUUCAGGUACAACUUCCUCUACGUCUAUGAGACCAACCUGGACACCAAGGGUGAGGCCUACCAGAAGGCACUUCGCCAGCUACUUACAGGUGUCUACCUCUCUGAGAUUUGCCUCAUUGGUCUCUUCGCCAUUGCUACCGCCGACAACAUCCAGGCUGUUGGUCCUCUGGCCAUCAUGUGUGUCCUUCUCUUCCUCACCAUCGUCUUCCAGUUCACUCUGAAGUUCGCCCUGAAGCAUGAAGAAGCACGCCUUGCCUAUACUGAUCCAUCCCCUGCCCACGGCGGCCUCAAGGGACACAUUGAGGAUGGCAUGCACGCCCAAAAUGGCGAGAAGGUCAACACAACCGACGCCACCCCUAGCUACGCGCCCAAGCCUACUCGUAUGCCCAUGUUCCUGCGUAAGAUGUUCAACCCCGAGAAGCACUCGAUCCACAAUCUCUCAGCCUCGCUCGACCAAUUCUACCACCAACCGCAGGAGCCACUGCCAAUCGAGAUCCAGAAGCGUGCUUUCUUCAACCCAUCGGUCACUAGCCCUACGCCUGUGUUGUGGAUUGUGAGAGAUGACAUGGGCAUCAGCCAGCGCGAGAUCAGAGACACGCAAAAGAUUGUUCCCGGACUCAUCAUGACUGACGAGCAGGCCACCUUUAACGAGAAGGGUAAGGUCAGCUGGGAUGGUGUUGAGAAUGGCCACUCUCGUGAGGCACCCGUCUUCGACGAGCGUAUCGUUUACUAG